GCCAUGUGCUUGGUUGUGUGGUGGGUGACAAGCCAGAAGGAUGAUUGCUCUUCUGCAUGUGUUUGUUUUUUCCCCCAGAAGGAUUUUGGCCAUGGAUAAUGUCAAUAUGGUGGGUGUUCCUCCAUGAAAAGGCCUAUCAGAUGAGGGACACGUCCAUUGAGUCUUCUGUGGUCACAAAAGUGAAAGGCUUUGGCAAGUACAGCAACCGUGUGAUGGACACAGCUGACUAUGUUACCCCACCACAGGGAACAUCAGUCUUCGUUAUCAUCACCAAACUCAUUGUGACAGAGAACCAGGUACAAGGCUUCUGCCCUGAGAAUCAACCAGAGUACAAGUGUAAGUCAGACAAUGAUUGCAAGAGGCCUGUUCCCACCACUGGAGGGGGGAUCCUAACGGGUCGAUGUGUUAAUUACAACGCCACUUUCCGUACUUGUCAGAUCCAAGGCUGGUGCCCAGCAGAGGUGGACAAUGUUGACGUACCUGUCAUGCUAGAAGCAGAAAACUUCACACUCUUCAUUAAGAACAGCAUUCGCUUCCCACUGUUCAAUUUUGAAAAGGGAAACCUCCUGCCCAGCCUCACCAGUGAAGAUAUUAAGACAUGUCAUUUUGACCCUGUACGGCAACCCUUCUGUCCUAUCCUGCGCCUUGGGGACAUAGUGAGAUUUGCUGGCCAGAACUUUUCCACACUGGCUGGGACGGGUGGAAUAAUAGGGAUCAAGAUUGGAUGGGUGUGUGAUCUGGACCAUUCUUGGGAGCACUGCAUCCCUAGGUAUUCAUUUAGUCGUCUUGACAGCGUCUCUGAAAAGAGCAAAGUCUCCCGCGGAUACAAUUUCAGGUAUGCCAAGUACUACAAGCAAGAGAAUGGUACUGAGUUUCGCACACUGAUGAAGGCAUAUGGCAUCCGCUUUGAUGUUCUGGUGUAUGGAAAUGCUGGGAAGUUCAACAUCAUCCCUACCCUCAUUAAUACUGUAGCAGCCUUCACAUCGGUUGGGGUGGGGACUGUCCUGUGUGAUAUCAUUCUCCUAAACUUCCUGAAGGGAGCAGAUCAGUACAAAGCCAAAAAGUUUGAAGAGGUAUCAGAGAAAGUGCUGCAUCCGGAUGCCACCAGUAGCCCCAUGUACCGGAGCAACCAGACACUGGAAGGUCGUUGUGAGGAGAAGCAGUCAACUGAUUCUGGAGCCUUCUCAAUUGGGCUGUGAUGAAUAAAGACCCAUAAAGAGGCCUGUAAUAAAUUCCCCUACAUGGUCUACUCAGUGCUGUCCUGACACAACAGUCCUUCAAUUUGAGCCUUCAUACAUUUUAGGGAACUGUAGUUGGCUGUUUUGUGUACAUCAUGUUCUCUGUUCUUCCUCUUCCUCCUUUGUAUUUUUCUUCAGCAACACUUCAUGACCCACCCCUCUCAAGUCUUCUCUAGCUCCUUUCCCACCUAUUUUUGGGAUAAAUUGCCAUAACAGAAGUAUUACC